GGCGCCAGACUUUCCCGCCCUCCCUCCAUCUUGGCGCAGCCAGCUUGACGCAGCGGAGCCUCAAACGGAGGCAGAGCGGAUCAAUCUGGAGCUUCGGCGGCUGAUUGGGAUCAUGCGGCAGCGCUGACCGCCGUGUCGAAAAUCUUCCUGCCGUUUCCAGUUUGAGUCCAACAGCUUGACGUCCGCCAUCGGCCCCCCGGUGUCCCCCAUUGGCCCCCCAGCCUCCAGGCGUUACACCAAUCCUGACCUGGAUGAGACGUCUCACCGGAUCCGACUAAUUCCUGGUUCACCUCCUCCCUUCUGUCCCUUCCCUCCCCCUUCCUCCUCCCUCUGUCCUCACCCCCUCCGAUCUGAGUCCAGACUCAAAGCAGCGUCCUGAUUGGCUGUCCAUCCCCCACAGCCCCCCCGCCCUCAGGUGGAUGAAUGAAGACUCCGUUUAAGAGCCCAGCGGCGCCGCGGCCCCGAGCGGACGGGGGACAUUCAGGCGUCUCUGCAAACAUGAUGAAGAAGAAGAAUCCACACAAGAAGCAGAGGACCAGCGUCGGACCCAGUAAGACGCUGGUUCCGCCCAGGAGGAACAUCGUGGGCUGCCGGAUCCAGCACAUCUGGAAGGAAGGCAGUAAAUCGUCCCAGUGGAAGGGGACGGUUCUGGACCAGGUUCCGGUCAACCCGUCUCUCUACCUGAUCAAGUACGACGGCUUCGACUGCGUCUACGGCCUGGAGCUGUACGCCGACGAGCGCGUGGUCGGCCUGGAGGUUCUGCCCGACAGAGUGGCUCAGGCCCGGGUGAGCGACUCGCUGCUGGCGGAGACGAUGAUCGGGAAGGCGGUGGAGCACAUGUUUGAGACGGAGGACGGGCCGAAGGAGGAGUGGAGGGGGAUGGUUCUGGCCCGCGCCCCCAUCAUGACCACCUGGUUCUACAUCACCUACGAGAAGGACCCGGUUCUGUACAUGAUCCGGUCCAGGUCCGGGUCUGGAUCCGGUCCGGUUUUCACGCUGUGCUCUGUGUCUGCAGACGAGAACGUGGCGGCGGAGCGGGAGCCGGGCGAGGUGGUGGACAGCCUGGUGGGGAAGCAGGUGGAGUACGCCAAGGAGGACGGCGGGAAGCGGUCGGGGAUGGUCAUCCACCAGGUGGAGGCCAAGCCCUCCGUCUACUUCAUCAAGUUCGACGACGACUUCCACAUCUACGUCUACGACCUGGUGAAGACGUCCUAAGGCCGGGGCGUCCAGACAGCAGCCGGACUCCGUUGGUUUCUAGAGACGCCUUAACGCGAAGGACGCGGCGCCAUCCGUCAUCGACUUCAACCGGACCAAACGGCUGGAACCCGCGUUGGCUUUCCAGAUUAUCGUGGCACAAACAUCCGUCUUUACUAAGCUUCUCCUUCCUGUGACUCCAUCGGAGGAACGUCUCGUUUCCCAGGCGGGGCGUCUGAGCCCGACGGGCCGGGACGGCGUCGGGAACACGGAUCCGGACCGCUCUGCGUCUGGGCAGGGAAAAGACGUUCCCUCUGAAAUUUGUGCCAAAUUGUUGAACUUUUCUAGAGCGUCACUCCAACCGGCUGGUUUCAGGGUUCCUGAAGCGUCACAUCCGGAUUAUUCCGCAUUAAUACUGUAACGGUUUUCCACAUGCCCCGCCCCCGUCUUCUAAAUGUGGACAAUCAUGACCUCAUAUCGGUAUGAACCCAGAUAACGGUGAAUCUUAGACCCUCUGGCGUUUUCAGGAUCUGCUUCUGGACCGAGGAACCUUCCAGAUUCCAGAGCCGACCCUGGAAGACGACAGGGAAGGUUUUCCCAACAGAUCCCUGGACUUCCUACCAUUCCGAUCCAGAGAUGAUCCGGAUCAACUGAUGCUGGAGUUCCCUGUGGAGUCUGUUGAUCCAAAGAUGAUCUGGAUCAGUGGAUCCUGACGGAGCCGGUUGGUCCGGAUCAGUGGAUCCUGACGGACCUGGUUGGUCCGGAUCAGCGGAUCCUGACGGACCCGGUUGGUCCGGAUCAGCGGAUCCUGACGGACCCGGUUGGUCCGGAUCAGCGGAUCCUGACGGAGCCGGUUGGUCCGGAUCAGCGGAUCCUGGGGUUCCCGUCGAUGACCCGAGUUGCUGCUGUUGUAGUUUAGUGUUUUUCUUGUACAGUGAUCUCAUGUUGGACGUCUCGGUUCCUCCGUGUCGGUUUCGUUCCCAGUCGGUCCGGACUCGUUGACAGACUCUGGAUCCGCUCUGCAGCAUCCGGUCGGGUGUUUGAAGGAAGUCCUGCUCUUGUCUCCGAUGUAGCCCAUCUUCCUCCAACAGAAGCGCUAGCAGCCAUGUUGCCUGAUCCUCAUCUCAUGUGCCUGAAGACGGAUCCAGACAUUCCUGCUGGCCUGGUGGGAAGCGUCGCUCCCGGCUCCGGCAUUCCUCUCGGGGUGGACUCUUUUCCUGGUUUCAGGAUCCAGAUUCUAAUCUGCUGAACGUCCAGUUCGCCCAAAACCCAAAUGGUGUCCAGCGUCGCUUCUCCUCCAGAUCUCCUCUAAACUAAAACACAGGAUUUAAUUUUGAUUCAAUUAAAAUCUGAAAAUACAGGAAUUGAAACGUUUUCCUUUUUUUUUGGUUAAUUCAUACUCAGAAUUCUGAGAAAAAAUGUAUUCUAACUUUUUCCCUAAGAAUUUAGACGAUUUCUCUGAAUUCUCGCUGUAAUCACAUUAUUCAGUUUUUCCCCAGGAUUCUAACUUUUAAAACUUGUUUAAAUUGUUUAUGCGCCUUUCAGUCGAUCUCGUCCUAAAACUCAAAUCUGUUCCGACUUUAAAGCCCAAAUUGUGAGAUUAUAGCCAGAAUCCCUGUUUUUCGGUUCAGUGGUUAUCAUUUCCUGACAGAAAGCAAACGGCUGAUUGUGGAACAGCCUGGAAACCUGCUAAUCUGGAGCUAAUCUGGGGGGAUGAGUGGAUUAACAUCAGGAUCUGGGGAUUAAAGUGGAUCUUUUUAACUAAUUGAAGUUGCAGAUGAUUUUUAUUUCUCAGACUUGAUUUAUUGGAUCUUUAUAAAAACUGAUGUUCUGGUUCUGGAGUAAAGGAGCAGCUGAAUAAAUCUCUGUUGGGUUCA